AUGGACCACGGCACCAACUACGCCUCACUAAGAGAGAUGUUCUCUUCUCCGCACCCAGAUAUUCUCCUGGCGCUGGAGUGCAUCCACAGACAUCCUGAGAUAGGAGUCCGGCAGUACAUAUGCACGAGAAUUAGAUACUCCACUCCUCCAACCCACUAUCUCCCCCAGCUGGUUCAUGUGUUUCUCUACAACAGAGACAGAAUAUCUGCCAGACCUCUGUACAGUCUUUUUGGAUACUGGGCAGACAGAGACAGGGAGUUCCGCUGUGCACUGUACUUCCACCUGAAAAGCGCCCUAGAGAGCAGCAGUGACAUAAGGUCCAUAUCUUGCUACUUCCUGAUCUGCGACAUGUUCGAGAGAGAAGAAAAGAGAAUGUGCAAGAACACAAGAAUCCUAGAGCUACAGUAUAAGUACAGGAAGAGAAUGGGCAGGACCCUCUCCACCCUUGAGUCGAAGAAGGGAUACCCUCCUCUUAGGGGAAUUCCUCUGUUUUUCGUGAAGGCUGUGUCAUGGAUGGUCAGCCCAAAGCUCUUCAGGAGGAUUUGUGACUACGAGGAGAUCUUUUUGGAGACCAGAAAUGUGUGCAACAUCAAUGUAAAGAGGGAUCUAAGGUUCGGAAACGCAUUUGAUGGCUCGGGGAUGGGCGCAAACAUCUCGUUUCUCGAGUCGCUGGUUGAGAUUCCCGGGAGACUCAAGAAGCUUCCAAGACAUCUAAGGCAGAGAGGGCUGGAGAUGGAAAUCAAGUUGUUGAACCACAACCUCCCAGCCAAGGUGUCCCUUCCAUUCCAUUCUGGGAGGUUUGUGCUGGCAGCCAGGAUCGAGGAGUCGUUUCUGUUGGAUUCGGCAGAGAACUCGCCGUUUCUUGUUGUGUUUGAGACUGCAUUUGAGAUACCAAGAAAAAGUCGAGCUGGAGAGGAAAUAAAGGAUGCACUGUUUCUAAAGCAGCAACUGGAUGCAAUUGAUGGGCUUUCUUCGCUCAGCGAGAUACGUGUCGUUAAGGAGAACAUGAUGACCUCCAUAGAAAGGAUCCUUAUGACCAAAAGAUACGAGGAAACUUCUGGUCAGCAUUCUACACAUUCGGAAGCUCCGGCGCAUGAUGGAGACAAGAGGAGCCAGCACUUUGACGAUAUCGAUAUCGGGAAGAAGACUCCAAAGUGUUCUGGAGAUGGGGGAGUGCUUCCUAUGGGCUGCCGAUCGUAUUCUGCAGGGCAGCUGGUACAGGGCAGCAAUUCGAUUACAGAGCCUGUGGAGAAGGAAAAAUCUGGGGCACUCGCUGGAUACAGGUCGCACGACGGAUGGAUGCUGAAGAAGGCAGAGCUCAGAAGGACAUCCCUGUUCAAAGAAAUGGCAGGAUGGAUGGCGGAGUCUGUAAUCGUCAAAACAGGAAACUCCUUAAUGCAAGAGCUGAUGGCCUACCAAGUACUAUGCGAGAUGAAGAGAAUCUGGAGGGAGGAGGGAAGCCCCAUAUGGAUCCGGGCCUACCAGAUCUACCUGAUUAGCGACACCAGCGGGAUAGUUGAAACGGUGGUUGAUGCGAUGUCAAUACAUAAGAUCAAGAAGAAGAUGAUGUCCGAAAACAAAAACUACUCCUUGAGGAAUUACUUUGCGGACUCUUUCGAGCUGAAUAGUGCGAAGUACAAGAGCUGCUUGCGGAACUUCCUGUAUUCUCUUGUAGGAUAUUCACUGGCCACGUACAUUCUGCAAGUCAAGGACAGGCACAACGGGAACAUAAUGAUCGAUGGCCAGGGGCAUAUCGUCCAUGUUGACUUUGGGUUUGUAAUGGGAGGGCACCCUGGGUUCUAUUGUGUUGAGGCUGCGCCGUUCAAGUUCUCGAAAGAGUAUCUCGAGCUUCUUGGGGAUCUUGUGGACGAGUUCAAGGACCUGUUUCUGCGGGGAUACAUGGAACUAAGAAAGCAUAGCAGCAGGCUCUUCAGAAUCAUAGAGACGAUGCCCGGAGCCUCGGGCGCAGAGUGCUUCAACAAGAGAGAGCUCCAGAACUUCAAGGACAGGUUCCGGCUGGACCUCACCGAGGAAAGGGUUGAGGAGCAUGUGCUGUACCUGAUAAAUAAGAGCUUUAAUAGCAUGGGAACAGGGCUAUACGACUCCUACCAGUACUUUUCAUAUGGAUAUCUUUAG